GCGCCGGCAUCGACGGACCGACGGACGGACGGACGGACGCGCGGAGGGAGCGGACCCGGAGCGAGAAAUCUGCUGGCAUUGUGGGACUGCUUCAGGACUGCAGAACGUCAACUUGUUUCAUGUGUCCUGGGCAGAUGUGGGGCAGGUGACAGCUCCGUGACCUACCGCCAUGGAUGCAGACAGACUUUCUGAUGAAGGAACCUACACAGUCGAUGCCAGCCAGGGUGAUUUGGCUCCUCAAAGGUUUUGACAAAACCUGCUCUGUUCCCUUUGGAGAAUCCGAAUGAGGGAGAUCACAGACACCUUCACUGGGAAGCCAAGGACAUUUCUGUAUAAUCAGUGGAUGAAAGGAUUUUCUCAGACUCUCUUUUUCCCUUUUCCUUGAGGAUUAACACAACACAAUCUACAGUUCCAGUGAAAACUGCAAGGCACACGAUGUGGCAGGCGCCUGGGGCGCCUUCAGAAUUGUUCUGGACCCUUCCUUUAUCGUAGGGGAGUUUGAACGCAUGCUACCACGCCUCCCCCCUGCCCUCCAACGCCCUCCUGAUCUCUUUAAUCUGUUCUCAUUUUCUGAGUUAAGUUUUAUUUCCAAAAGGGUUUUCUGGAGCUAUAAGUGGAUUGCCAGAAAUGAGAGGUUAGGAGCUCGGAGAGGAGGAAGCGACCUGUGUUGUGUCUUCUCGCGACUGCCGACAUGAAGUGCUUUUUCCCAGUGCUGAGCUGUCUGGCGGUGCUGGGUAUGGCGUCAGCACAGCGGCAGGUCACCGUUCAGGAAGGACCCUUGUAUCGCACAGAGGGCUCCCAUAUCACCAUCUGGUGCAAUGUGAGUGGCUACAAGGGACCUUCUGAGCAGGAUUUCCAGUGGUCCAUCUACCUGCCCUCUGCCCCGGAGCGUGAGGUGCAGAUCGUUAGCACCGUGGACUCUUCCUUCCCUUACGCCAUUUAUACCCAACGCGUCCGUGGUGGGAAGAUCUAUGUGGAAAGAGUUCAAGGGAACUCAUCCUUGUUGCACAUCAUGGAUCUCCAGGCCCGGGAUGCUGGGGAGUACGAGUGCCACACACCCAACACUGAUGGGCCAUACUUUGGGAGUUACAGUGCGAAGAUGAACCUAGUGGUGAUCCCAGACUCCCUGCAGACCACCGCCAUGCCCCAGACCCUGCACAAAGUGGAGCAGGACCCACUGGAGCUCACUUGUGAGGUGGCCACAGAGACGUUCCAGCAUAGCCACUUGUCUGUGGCCUGGCUCCGGCAGAAAGGUGGUGAGAAGCCUGUGGAGGUCAUUUCCCUGAGCCGAGAUUUCGUGCUGCACUCCAGCAGCGAAUAUGCCCAGAGGCAGAACCUGGGGGAGGUGCGGCUGGACAAGCUGGGGAGUACCACCUUCCGCCUCACCAUCUUCCACCUACAGCCCUCCGACCAGGGCGAAUUCUACUGUGAGGCUGCCGAGUGGAUCCAGGAUCCGGAUGGGUCGUGGUAUGCCAUGACCCGAAAGCGUUCCGAGGGAGCCGUGGUCAACAUCCAACCCACCGACAAAGAGUUCACUGUUCGGCUGGAAACAGAGAAGCGGCUGCACACAGUAGGUGAGCAGGUGGAGUUCAGAUGCAUCCUGGAGGCUCAGAACAUUCCUGACCGCUACUUUGCCGUCUCCUGGGCCUUCAACAGCUCACUCAUCGCCAGCAUGGGACCUAAUGCUGUGCCAGUCCUCAACAGCGAAUUUGCCCACCGUGAAGCCAAGGGACAGCUUAAAGUGGCCAAAGAGAGUGACAGUAUCUUUGUGCUGAAAAUCUACCACCUCCGCCAGGAAGAUAGUGGGAAAUACAACUGUCGUGUGACCGAGCGAGAGAAAACGGUUACUGGGGAAUUCAUUGACAAGGAGAGCAAGCGUCCCAAGAACAUCCCCAUCAUAGUCCUCCCCCUCAAGAGCAGCAUCUCCGUGGAGGUAGCCAGCAAUGCCAGCGUCAUCCUGGAAGGUGAGGACCUGCACUUCUCCUGCAGCGUCCGCACGGCAGUUCGGCCACAGGGCCGCUUCUCUGUCAUCUGGCAGCUUGUGGACAGGCAGAACCGCCGCAGCAAUAUCAUGUGGCUAGACCGGGAUGGCACCGUGCAGCCAGGCUCAUCCUACUGGGAGCGCAGCAGCUUCGGGGGCGUCCAGAUGGAGCAGGUGCAGCCCAACUCGUUCAGCCUGGGCAUCUUCAACAGCAGGAAGGAUGACGAGGGCCAGUACGAAUGCCAUGUGACCGAGUGGGUGCGGGCAGUGGAUGGCGAGUGGCAGAUCGUGGGGGAGCGCCGGGCCAGCACUCCCAUCUCCAUCACGGCUCUUGAAAUGGGCUUUGCGGUCACAGCCGUCUCCCGCACGCCGGGUGUGACCUACAGCGACUCCUUUGACUUGCAGUGCAUCAUCAAACCCCACUACCCGGCCCACGUCCCUGUGUCAGUGACAUGGCGGUUCCAGCCAGUGGGCACCGUCGAAUUCCAUGACCUGGUGACCUUCACCCGGGAUGGAGGGGUCCAGUGGGGGGACAGAUCCUCUAGCUUCCGAACCCGCACUGCCAUCGAGAAGGCCGAGUUCAGCAACAAUGUCCGCCUAAGCAUCAGCCGGGCCAGCGACACAGAGGCGGGCAAGUACCAGUGUGUGGCAGAGCUGUGGCGGAAGAACUACAACAACACCUGGACGCGGCUGGCGGAAAGGACCUCCAACCUGCUGGAGAUUAGGGUGCUGCAGCCAGUGACAAAGCUACAGGUGAGCAAAUCAAAGAGGACCCUCACCCUGGUGGAAAACAGGCCCAUUCAGUUGAACUGCUCAGUGAAGUCUCAGACCAGCCAGAACUCCCACUUUGCUGUGCUCUGGUAUGUCCACAAGCCCUCAGACGCUGACGGCAAGCUCAUCCUCAAGACCACCCACAACUCUGCUUUUGAGUACGGCACCUACGCCGAGGAGGAGGGCCUGAGAGCCAGGCUCCAGUUUGAGAGGCAUGUAUCCGGGGGCCUGUUCAGUCUCACCGUCCAGAGAGCUGAGGUCAGCGACAGUGGCAGUUACUACUGCCACGUGGAGGAGUGGCUGCUGAGCCCCAACUAUGCCUGGUACAAGCUGGCAGAGGAGGUCUCAGGGCGCACGGAAGUCACUGUGAAGCAGCCGGACAGUCGCCUGAAGCUCAGCCAAGCCCAGGGGAACCUGUCGGUUCUGGAAACCCGGCAGGUGCAGCUGGAGUGUGUGGUCCUGAAUCGCACCAGCGUGGCCUCCCAGCUCAUGGUGGAGUGGUUUGUUUGGAAGCCCAACCACCCGGAGCGGGAGACUGUGGCCCGCCUGAGCCGUGAGGCCACUUUCCACUAUGGAGAGCAGGCGGCCAAAAACAACCUGAAGGGGCGGCUGCAUUUGGAGAGUCCUUCCUCAGGUGUGUUCCGGCUCUUCAUCCAGAACAUGGCUGUGCAGGACAGCGGAACCUACAGCUGCCGCGUGGAGGAGUGGCUGCCCAGCCCCAGCGGCGUGUGGUAUAAGCGGGCGGAGGACACUGCUGGGCAGAUAGCUGUUACAGUCAUGCGACCAGAUGCUGCCCUACAGGUGGACACAGUGGUCCCCAAUGCCACAGUGUCUGAGAAGGCAGCUUUCCAGCUGGACUGUAGUAUUGCAUCUCGCUCAAGCCAGGACUCCCGCUUUGCUGUGGCCUGGUAUUCCCUGAGGACUAAAGCUGGAGGGAAAAGGGUCAGCCCUGGCUUGGAAGAACAGGAGGAGGAAAGGGAGGAGGAGGAGGAAGAUGACGACCCAACAGAGCGGAUGGUCCUGCUGAGUGUGGGCCCAGAUGCUGUCUUUGGCCCAGAGGGCACCCCCUGGGAAGGCAGGCUUCGCUUCCAGAGGCUUUCCCCAGUGCUCUACCGGCUCACAGUGCUGCAGGCAAGCCCCCAUGACACGGGCAACUACUCCUGCCGUGUGGAAGAGUGGCUGCCCAGCCCUCAGAAGGAAUGGUACCGCCUGACAGAGGAGGAGUCGGCCCCAAUCGGCAUCCGUGUUCUGGACACAAGUCCCACCCUCCAGUCCAUCAUCUGCUCCAACGAUGCUCUCUUCUACUUCGUCUUCUUCUACCCUUUCCCCAUCUUUGGCAUCCUCAUCAUCACUAUCCUGCUGGUGCGCUUCAAGAGCCGGAACUCCAGCAAGAACUCUGACGGGAAGAAUGGGGUGCCCUUGUUGUGGAUCAAAGAGCCGCACCUCAACUACUCACCAACUUGCCUGGAGCCCCCUGUUCUCAGUAUCCACCCAGGGGCCAUAGACUAAGGGGGACGUCCCAACAGACAUUGGUCACAGAGGAGCUGAGGCUCUCCCUUGCUGCCUCUUGCUGUGUGAUUGGACAUUGACAGCACACCCAGACUCUGGAGUGCCCCAGGCAGAAAACUGUCAGACUUGAGAAGUGUUCAAAGUUCCUGGUCAGUCACAGAGACGGACCGCCUCUAGGGAGCAGUCUUAGUUAGCAAUUUGCGUGCAAAUGUUGUGGUCCUGCCCUUACAGUUUUCUUGUUUUUGUUUUUGGUAAUGUAGUGAGUAGCUCCAGGUGCCUCAUCUACUCACUGAUUUAUCUAGUAUUUUCAGAUAGAUGUUACAGGGGUUCCUAUUCUUUGUAAUGUACUUUUUAAAAAUCCCUUUGGUUUACCCUUUUUGGAUUCUGUAAUGUUGUGGAUAGAUUUUUUCUUACAUACAACUGAUGGCAAAAGGAAGGAUGAACUUUAUAGCAACAAGGAAUCUCUUCUAAGACUUUUUUUUGCACAUUUGAAAAUGCCACCUGUGAAUCAAAAUACACCCAAACAUUUUUUACUUUCUUAAAGAGACUUGAAAAUUGUGUGUAGUGCGGGCACAAUUUGUAUCUUAUCUUUUUCCUCAGCUGGAGUUGUUGGAACCACUUUGUAGUGAAGAUGAAAGCAUUGAAUUUUGCUUCAAAGAACUGUGUAUGUACAAGAGAAAUCCUGCAUAACCCCAGUAGGAGUAGAGGAUGCCCGGCACGCUUAUCAGGAAGGCAAAAAAGGCUUCAUCCCAUCCUUGCCAAAAAAUAAGGAAACUGUCUUGGAGGAUGGGUCAGAAGCUCCAAACAGCACACACUUUCCAAGCUUAAGUGGGUGGAGGGCUGCUUUUCACAGCUACUGACUUUCACAUUGAUCAGAGCCAAUGACUAGAGAUGGAAGGAAGAAAAGGCUGGCUGUUGGCUUGAUCUGGUCCACAAGGGCACUGUCUAACUGAUGACUGCGAGCAGGAGGGCUUUUGUAUUCAGGUGCUUUGCCAACUCUUAAGGGAAAGUGUCCAGUGGGCCUGGACGGGGGACAGCUCUAAGCUGAGCACAGGACCAAAGCAGCCACCACAGAUACCCAGUGGAGGGCACAGGGCCGGCCGACACUAAGUUUGGUGAAGAGUGGGACAGUGAGGGGCAGGAGGGGGUUUCCAGGGCCUGAUGAUGGAAAGCACGGAGGAAUAACUACCUCUCUGGAGGUGUGAAGACUAGGUUUUUCUUCUUCCAAUUAGGUUUUCCUCAAAGAUAUUUAUGUCUUCCUUAUUCACCAUUUAUCUCUCCCUCCCUCUCACUACCAUAAGAAUAUCUGCUUGGGGGAAGUCCAGGCCCAGCCCUUUGCAGUCUGUUGGGUUUACCUAGUCUCAUUAGACAGCAUGUGUUGUCUGGGGGGGUUUUCUGCUUCCCUUUCUUGGGUCUUUUUCGUGGUUUUAGGUUAUUUGGUUUUUGUUAUGGUGGCUUUUUAUUUUAAUGUCCCUUAAGCCCAACAAGGGUCUGUGUCACCAUGUUAUUUUACACUAUUGGCCAAAUGCUUGGCACUGCUGGUGCAUCAUUGGUUGCAAAUGAUUCCUUUGGCUCACUCUGUGGAGAUGUUUUUACGCCCUUGCUUGCCGAUAUUUUGCUGGCCAAGUGUGCCAUCUCCCUCCCUCUGGGAAAUCGCAUCUUGAGUCCCAAAUUGGAAAAAGCCACCAGGGAUUCUGGGACAAAGUCUAACGAGCGAUUCCUGUGAAGCCCUGGUCUGAUAAUGAGCAGACUCCAGGGGAGGCUGUGGGAUUCCCCAGGCCAUGUGGGCGCUGUUCCUGAUCAUGGGUCUGCAGGUGUGCCAGCGGCUCGGGCUGCUUGGCAGGUGCUUUGCUGAGCCAUGGCUGAGAGGAAGCAAGGUAACUGCUCAGUUAUUUUCUGACAGGCUUCCAUGGACCUGCCUUUUUCCCUCCCAGAUACACCAGUACUCUCCUAUGAGACAGUCUGCAGGCACUGUCACCUUGAUCCCACUGUUGCCUGACACGCUGAUUCUCGUUUAUUAUGCUGCAUCAACACAUUUGAGGUACAGAAUUGGCUCAGUUGUGAAGAAAGGUCUUUUGCCCCAUUUCUCCAUUUCACGGAUGUGGGCUUUCAUUGAAAAAUUGCUGACUCGUAACUUACAGGCUGAGUCAAUGAGGGAAGAUGACUGACUUUUCCUCUGUCUGAAUGGAAAGAUGCCAGAGGGGUGGCUGGAACUGGGAUUGUAACUAAAAUUUCAGUUUGAAUUGGUUCACAGCAGUAAAAAGUGGGUUCUGUGCGUUUUUAAAUACGUGAAGCAGUUGCAGGAAAUUUGAAAGGAAAAAAGAAACCGAAGCCAGUAUUUUAAUAAAUGCUUUCUUGUGUAUUUUCUAUUGGUCUGGGGGAUACCAUCAAAGGUUGAGCUUUUCCAGCUUUGUAUGAAAAACUCCAGGACCUUCUUUGGCCAUUUCUAUGGAAAUGUGGUGUCAAAUGAAUGGUAAUGGUUCCCUCCAGUGGCUGCAAGACCUCAUUGCACAUUGUCUACCGGAGCUUCAGUCCUGUGAGACCAAGAGAGGAAAACUGCAGAAUACUGUCUUAUCUGUGUCUACAAUGUUGCAUUCAUGAAAAACUACACUGUGCUAGGCGCAUUCCAGGACAUGGAUAUGACUACACCCUCUUUGACCAGGGUGUUUAUAUAGCAAGUUUUCUUAUUCUUUUCAAACAAUGGUUUCUCUGCGUUAAUUGUUGAAGAAAAAAAGAUAUGAGGUAAAGAAAUUACCCAUGCAUGAUGUAGAGAGCUGUUGGUUUGUUUUUGUUUUU